CAUGCGGCGGCGGCGACCCCCCAGCUGAUGCGCUGUGCCCGGGGCAGCGGCGCCCGCCCGGCCGGCCUCGCCAUGAAGCGGCAGAACCUGCGCACGCUGUCGCUGAUCGUGUGCGUCUUCUCCUACCUGCUGGUGGGCGCCGCCGUCUUCGAUGCGCUGGAGUCGGAGGCCGAGAUCGGCCACAAGCGCCUCCUGGAGCAGAAGCGCAGCGGCCUGCGGAGGAAGUACCGCUUCACCGCCGAGGACUACCGAGAGUUCGAGCGCCUGGCGCUGCGGGCCGAGCCGCACCGAGCCGGCACGCAGUGGAGGUUCGCCGGCUCCUUCUAUUUCGCCAUCACGGUCAUCACCACCAUCGGUUACGGACAUGCCGCGCCUGGAACGGAUGCUGGCAAAGUCUUCUGUAUGUUCUAUGCGAUCCUCGGCAUUCCCCUCACCCUGGUGAUGUUCCAAAGCCUUGGCGAGCGCAUGAACAUCCUGGUCCGAAUGGUGCUGAAGAAAAUUAAGAGGUGCCUGGGAAUGAGGCAGCCAACCGUCUCCAUGAAGAACAUGGUCGUGGUGGGCUUCCUCUCCUGCAUGGGGACUCUGGGCAUCGGAGCAGCCGCCUUCUCCUAUUUUGAAGGCUGGACUUUCUUCCACGCCUUUUAUUACUGCUUCAUAACCUUGACCACCAUUGGGUUUGGAGACUUUGUGGCCCUCCAGAAGCACGAAGCUUUGCAGAAGAAGCCCCCUUACGUCGCCUUCAGCUUCAUGUAUAUCCUGGUGGGCUUGACGGUGAUCGGGGCUUUCCUGAACUUGGUCGUCUUUCGGUUUUUGAUUAUGAACUCUGAAGACGAGCGGCGGGACGAAGAGGAAAGGGCGUCUUUGAGGAGGGCCAGGAAUUACAUCAGCCGGGAGGAGAACCGGGGCAGGAACGACCUCCUGCUCCCCAUCGAAGAUGGGACAAGUCAGAUGAACCUCCUGCCAUUGAUGCAAGAAGAGGCCGGGAGACAGAGGGGCAAGUCCUCAGGCUCCACCACGAGAGUCCCUUCCUUCUGCAACUGCCUGUGCUACCGGCCGCGGCUAAGCAGGAGCCCGGUUCCUUCCCAACCAGAGGCCUUCAACUGCCACACCAACCUUGUGUAUUACAAUUCCAUUUCUUACAAAAUCAUGGAAGUCUCCCUGGGCGGUAAGGACCACACUGGCUUGUCUUCCCCCAGGAGCACUCUGUCGUCCAAUAGUCCCAGCUGCCGGGAGCACUCCCAGCUGCGGAGGAAGUCUAUCUGAUAAACGUGCAUGCUCUUUUUGGACUUUUUUUUUUUUUUUUACUCUGAGCUGUGUUCUGCUCCUGAACUCCUUUUGAUGAUAAAUUAUUAACUGA